AUGGCUGACCAGACUCAUUUCGAUGUUGAGGACAAGAUGCAGAUCGGGCACCCAAGAUCAAGAGGAGAUAGGGGACGAGGGAAAGGUGGCGGCGGCCAUGGAAGAGAGGUGCAGGUGUCGAAGGCCUUGUCCAAGCUCUUGAGACAUCAAGCAGCUAAUGCUGGCAUUCAACUUGACGAUGAAGGUUACGCGCCCUUGGAUGCUGUGCUCGCCUGGGGCCCUUUGCGAUCUUUAAAGGUCACGUUCGACGACAUCCAGUCCAUUGUCACUUCCAACGAUAAGCAACGGUUUACACUCAAGCCCAACCCGGUCAAGAACCCUUCCCUAGAUACCAAAUCUACCACACCAGCCGAUUAUCUCAUCCGUGCCAACCAAGGUCACUCCAUUAAGCUUGAGUCAGCAGCUCUUCUGGCGCCCAUCACACUAGAGGACGGUAACGUCCCUGAGCGUGUCCUUCACGGAUCCUUCUUUUACUUUUGGCCACGAAUCGUCGAGUCCGGCGGCCUCAAGCCCAUGAGUCGUAAUCAUGUCCACUGUUCAACUGGAACACCCGAGGAAGGCGUCGUUAGCGGGAUGCGUAAGGAUGCAGAGCUGAUUAUCGAGAUAGACGUUGAAGCAAGCUUGAACGAUGGCGUGAAGUGGUGGCUGAGUGACAAUGGAGUGUUGUUGACGGAGGGCGACGAGCAGGGGGUUUUGAGCACCAAGUAUUUCAAGUUGGUGACGGGCCGCAAGGUCGAUGUUGGGGUAUUGUGGCAAGACGGUCAGUGGAUUUCUGAUCUACCAGCUGGCUUGAAGAUAAGUCCUCCGCUUGGAAAGGGGCCUCGACAGGGUGGAGGAAGAGGAGGAAGGGGUGGUAGACGCUGA